AUGGGUGUUCUGACACUGGUUCAUAUCCUUAUCAGCUUUGCUGCUUGUGCUGAAGCUCUAAGGAGGGCAGACUUCCCUCAAGGUUUUGUCUUUGGCACUGCUUCUUCAGCUUACAAGUAUGAAGGCGCUGUCAACGAGGGUCAACGUGGACCUACAAUAUGGGAUACUCUUGAGACAACCCGCAAUGCAGAUAUUGCCGUUGAUCACUACCAUCGUUAUAAGCACUCGAUACUAUGUAGUUUAUCAUUUUUCUUGCUAGAUGGUACUGGUGAUCCUAAUGAAGAAGGAUUGAAUUACUAUAACAGCCUCAUAGAUGUUCUAUUAGACAAAGGUAUACAACCAUAUGUAACACUCUUUCACUGGGACCUUCCGCAAGCACUAGAAGACAGAUACGGUGGAUGGUUAAACUCCCAAAUCGUGGAUGAUUUCGUUCACUAUGCCUCUACUUGCUUCACGGAAUUUGGAGAUAGAGUGAAACACUGGAUCACUUUCAUUGAGCCCCAUAAUUUUGCGAUUGAUGGCUAUGACUUUGGCAUCCAGGCACCUGGGAGGUGUUCUAUUCUGUCUCAUAUAUUCUGUAGGGAGGGAAAGUCAUCAACUGAACCGUAUGUUGUAGCUCACAACAUACUCAUAGCGCAUGCUGGUGCUUUUCAUUCUUAUAAGCAGCAAUUCAAGAAAGAACAAGGAGGUAUCAUCGGCAUUGCACUUGAUUCAAAGUGGUUCCUGGAUCCCUUAAUGUUUGGCCACUAUCCUCCUAUGCAGAAACUUGCGGGCGAUAGGCUGCCUCAGUUUUCAACUCAGGCUUCGAAGUUAGUAUCAGGCUCACUGGAUUUUGUGGGCAUAAACCACUAUACCACAUUGUAUGUUAGGAACGACAGAAUGCGGAUCAGGAAACUUGUAAUGAAUGAUGCUUCAACUGAUUCUGCGAUCAUACCUACUGCUUAUAGACAUGGAAAGAAAAUAGGAGAAACGGCAGCGUCUGGAUGGCUGCACAUAGUACCCUGGGGCAUGUUCAAGCUGAUGAAGUACAUCAAAGAAAUGUAUGGAAAUCCACCUGUGAUCAUUACUGAAAACGGAAGGAAGGCUGCAACGUCCACGGUUACUUCGUAUGGUCACUGCUCGAUAACUGGGAGUGGAACUUUUGUGUACACGGUGCGGUUUGGACUCUACUACAUUGACUACAACAACAACCUGACAAAGAUACCCAAGGCGUCAGUGGAAUGGUUCAGGCAGGUCUUGGCCCAGAAGACGGCUAAUUUGGAGUAUAGUGGUUCGACAGUAGCCAUUAGUUAA